GGAAAAAGGAAGAAGGAAAAGCAAGCACAGGUGGGGGGGGGGGGGGGAUGCAAGAGUCCAAACAUAGCCUACUAUAGUCAGUCCUCCACUCACUCACACACUCUCUCACUCACACACUCUCUCUAGGGAGCUCAAAUCGGGCGCCACCGCCUAAAAACGCGCCAUUCCUCUCUUUCUCUACGUCGUUUUCUGGAUGGGCUGUACAGCGUCGAAGCUGGAUAACGAGGAUACCGUGAGGCGGUGCAAGGAGCGCCGCCGCCUCAUCAAGGAAGCUGUCUACGCGCGCCACCAUCUUGCAGCGGCUCACGCUGAUUACUGUCGUUCGCUACGUAUUACGGGUUCAGCUCUUUGCUCUUUCGCUGCUGGGGAAUCACUUGCCGUUUCUGAGCAAACCCCUGCCGUUUUUCUCCACCCGCCAAACCCUCCUCCUCCUUCGUCUACCAAUUCUAUACCUCCACGUGUUGUUCCUUCUACAUCCCCUUCUCUCCAUCCACCGCCACCUGCGUUUUCCCCUUCUCCUUCUCCUUCUCCUACAAUUGUGAGUUCUAAGCUCCCUCAUAUUCAGUCCGCCCCAACUCUCAACUCUGCGUCUAAUCGCCGCCGUAAAUCUAGGAAACUUCCCCAUAUACUCUCUGAAUCUAGCCUUACGUCGUCUCCUCGGAGUCAGAAAUCCAAUUUUGCCGGAAAUUUUGAUUAUCCUACAGCUUAUCAAGCAAAUUCAACGUACUCGAGCACACCUUCACAAGCUUCCUCUGUUUGGAAUUGGGAGAAUUUCUACCCUCCAUCGCCUCCUGACUCCGAAUUCUUUGAUCGAAAAGCCCAGAAUCAAAACCAACAUCGCCAACAACGGCAGCAACAUCACUUAGACACUGACGAUGUAGAAGAUGAAGAAGAUGAAGACGCCGAAAAUGAGACCGAGACUGAAACGGAGAGAUCGGAGUAUGAUUUUUUCCAAUUACAGAAUAAGAAGCACAAUCUCCACCAUAUUAACACUAGUACAAAUAACAAGCAGCAUAGUACCGUCGAGGAAGAAACAGAGAGAGAGGAGGUACAGUGCAGCGAAUGGGAAGAUCAUGAUCAUUAUAGUACCACAAGCUCGUCGGAAGAAGGGGAGGAAGAUGAGGAUAGAGAAUCCAGAUCCGAGAUUGGGACCCGGUCGAAUUUCGGGUCAUCUGUGCGGGCAGAAUCACUGAAGCAGCAGCCAGUUUAUGGGAAUAAAGUGAAGUCGGAUGAGGCCGGUUCAUCGGCAAGUUUCAGGACUGGAGAGAUCUCCAAUAUGAAGAUGGUCGUGAGGCACAAAGAUUUAAAAGAAAUCGUGGAGGCUAUUAAGCAGAAUUUUGACAAGGCUGCGGCAGCUGGAGACCAGGUCUCGGAGAUGCUCGAGAUUGGCCGGGCUCAGCUUGAUCGGAGUUUCCGGCAAUUGAAGAAGACAGUGUACCAUUCUACUAGUAUGUUGAGCAACUUGAGCUCCAGUUGGACUUCGAAACCGCCAUUGGCCGUAAAGUAUCGUCUGGACACCGGUUCGCUCAGCGAGCCGGGUGGCCCUAAAAGCCUGUGCUCCACCAUGGAACGGUUGUUGGCUUGGGAGAAGAAACUCUAUGAGGAAGUGAAGGCCAGAGAAGGUGUGAAGAUUGCGCAUGAGAAGAAACUGGCUACACUACAGAGUCAAGAGUACAAGGGAGAGGAUGAAGUAAAGCUAGAUAAGACCAAAGCUUCAAUACAGAGGUUGCAGUCUCUAAUAAUUGUCACAUCCCAAGCUGUCUCCACCACUUCAACAGCCAUCAUUGGUCUUAGAGACACUGAUCUUGUCCCUCAGCUGAUUGAACUGUGUCAUGGAUUCAUGUACAUGUGGAGAUCAAUGCACCAGUACCAUGAAGUUCAGAACAACAUUGUGCAACAAGUUAAAGGUCUUGUGAACCUUUCAGCCAAGGGUGACUCAACUUCUGAACUGCAUAGGCAGGCAACUCGUGAUCUUGAGUCAGCUGUAUCUGCCUGGCAUUCCAGUUUCUGCCACCUAAUAAAGUUUCAGCGGGACUUCAUCCGAUCUGUCCAUGGCUGGUUCAAACUCACCCUUCUUCCUGUGAGCAAUAAUGACAAUGUGAAUGUCAGUGUGGAACACUCUGAUGUGUAUGCCUUCUGUGAUGAGUGGAAGCUUGCUCUUGACCGAGUUCCUGAUACAGUUGCUUCUGAAGCCAUCAAGAGCUUUAUUAACAUUGUUCAUGCGAUAUCUGGAAAACAAACUGAGGAGCUUAAAAUCAAAAAACGAACUGAAUCUGCAUCAAAGGAAUUGGAGAAGAAGGCUUCUUCUCUUCGAAACAUUGAAAGGAAGUUUUAUCACUCAUACUCCAUGGUUGGCAUUGGUCUCCCUGAUACGGGACCUGAUAACGGGCACGCAUUGGAUGCUCGGGAUCCACUAGCUGAGAAGAAAUCUGAGCUUGCUUCCUGCCAGAGGAAGGUGGAAGAUGAGAUGCUAAGGCACGCCAAGGCAGUGGAAGUGACAAGGGCUAUGACACUGAACCAUCUUCAGACAGGAUUGCCAGGAGUUUUCCAGGCAUUGACCAGCUUUUCUUCCUUAUUUAUGGAGGCACUUGAAUUGGUAUGCAACCGUUCCUAUGACAUCAAAUAAUUAUACUUGAUUUUUCUUGGAUUUUUGAGGUAAGUUGGAACUCACGAGGGCUAGAAUUUUUUUGGUUGUGGCUCUUAUGAUAAUUGUCAUUUAUUUUUU